CAGUGUCCAGGGUGUGGCCAACCAUUCCAGUAGAUGGCUGAAGUGGCAUAAAGUAAGUCAUUGAUCUCAGACAUCUGGGUAAGGGAUGGGUCUUCAUUUGAGUGUUGAACAUAGACAGAAUGGUGAAGAGGAAGACUUUUACGUCAGGAGCCAGAGUCUUCAGUUUACAUCCUGGAGGUCAGUAGAUACUGAUUAUCUUAUGGAUCCUGAUGACCUUGAGCCUCAGUUGAACAAGGGUUUUUACAAGGGAGUAAAGGAGGUGCAGGUGGGAAGCAACAGUGGAGAACAAAGCAGAUGGCCAGUCGACAUGAUGACCUUGAUUGGGUGUGGGAAGAUGAGCAGUACCUUCUUGAGAGGACAGCUGCGAGGCUUUGGGAGUUCCAGAUAGCACAUUGCUGGGGUUUGGAAGGAGAACAGGAGUGAGGGGUUGUAUUAUGGAGGGAAAGGAAGCACUGGUUAUGAGAGUGAAGAUGAAAUAUGGAAGGAGUUUAUAUCUUGGACAGUGAUUUGAGUAUGAUUCUGGCAUGGGUACAGGGGCAUUGCAGUUUAGUUGUGGCUUAGGAAGAGGCCCAUUGUCUGUGAUUUUUGUCUUCAGAGUGGGUGGCAGCAACUGUGUGGAACAGCAGCUCAAUUACUUUGUCCAGUGAGGCGAUGGGAGGUUACAGCGGACAGUGCCCAGUGCUAAAUUCUGACAAAUGACCAUGGAAACAGUUGAAUCCCAGCAUGAUGGAAGUAUAACAGCUUCUUUGACAGAGAGCAAGUCUGCUCAUAUGCAGACUCAGACUGGCCAAAAUUCAAUCCCUGCUUUAGCUCAGGUAGCAACAAUUGCAGAGACAGAUGAAUCUGCAGAAUCAGAAGGUGUAAUUGAUUCUCAUAAACGUAGAGAAAUCCUUUCACGAAGACCCUCUUAUAGGAAAAUACUGAAUGAACUGUCCUCUGAUGUGCCUGGUGUUCCCAAGAUUGAAGAAGAAAAAUCAGAGGAAGAAGGAACACCGCCUAACAUUGCUACCAUGGCAGUACCAACUAGCAUAUAUCAGACUAGCACGGGGCAAUACAUUGCUAUAGCCCAAGGUGGAACAAUCCAGAUUUCUAACCCAGGAUCUGAUGGUGUUCAGGGACUGCAGGCAUUAACAAUGACAAAUUCAGGAGCUCCUCCACCAGGUGCUACAAUUGUACAGUAUGCAGCACAAUCAGCUGAUGGCACACAGCAGUUCUUUGUCCCAGGCAGCCAGGUUGUUGUUCAAGAUGAGGAAACUGAACUUGCCCCAAGUCACAUGGCUGCUGCCACUGGUGACAUGCCAACUUACCAGAUCCGAGCUCCUACCGCUGCUUUGCCACAGGGAGUGGUGAUGGCUGCAUCACCCGGAAGUUUGCACAGUCCCCAGCAGCUGGCAGAAGAAGCAACACGCAAACGAGAACUGAGGCUAAUGAAAAACAGGGAAGCUGCCCGGGAGUGUCGCAGGAAGAAGAAAGAAUAUGUCAAAUGUCUUGAAAAUCGUGUGGCUGUGCUUGAAAACCAAAACAAGACUCUCAUUGAGGAACUCAAGGCCCUCAAAGAUCUUUAUUGCCAUAAAGUAGAGUAACUGUCUUUGACUUGGACCUUGUUUACUGUGAACUCUAAUCAAGGCAGGAGAUGCAGCAGUCCUACUUAUUGCCAUGUGGACUUGUGGAAAGGACACGUGUGACCCUUAAGAAUCCAGUUCGGAUUAGUGUUUGAAAUUGAAUUGGGAAUGUUGUUCCAGGAUGUGGAAUGCAGCUGUGAUCACACUUACCGAGCUUACUUUGACCUGUUUGUCAAUAGCAUGCAAAAAAUGCUUUGUUUGCCCUUUGCUUCUGCUUUUUUCAGGGAAGCUGCCAAAGAAUGUCGACGUCGAAAGAAAGAAUAUGUAAAAUGUCUGGAGAGCCGAGUUGCAGUGCUGGAAGUCCAGAACAAGAAGCUUAUAGAGGAACUUGAAACCUUGAAAGACAUUUGUUCUCCCAAAACAGAUUAGUAGAAAUAUUUAACUAUGAACUGAAGACAGCAUGUAUAGUUGCUUUUGAAGGAAUACAGUAUAUAGCUGGCAAGAAUGGUGGCUUCUUUUCUUUGUAUCAUUCAUCUUCUUUAAUCUCUUAACAUUCCUAAAAUGCUUCACUGUACAUAGUUAAGUCAUAGCUAUAACUUCAAAUUUUUUAAAAGAGACAAACUAAAAAAUGUAUGUAACAGAUUCUUAAAACGCAAUAUUUGUAAGGCUUGUUCCAAUGCCACAUACUUGCAGCUCCCAUUCUCUGUCAUCAGUAGUGUCCUAUGCAAUAAAAUUAUUUGCAGGUCUUUAAAUCAUUUUAGGAAAGGAUGAUCAAAAAUAAUGCAUCCAGCAGUACAAUGAAAGUAAACCACAAAAAAAAAUACCUCAGGAAAGAAUAGAAAGAAAGUCUAUCUAAUGGCAUGCCUAUAUGAGAAGAAUAGCCUAGAUAUGAAUAUACGGCAUUUGCAGAUUUUUAUAUUAGUUGCUUUGUUAAAAAAAAAAAAAAAAAAAAAAAAAAGAGAUUGUAUUGCUGUCCUUGAAUGCAAUAGUCAGAGUUUUUAAUAGAACCAUGUUGGUUGCACUUUGUAGUGUUUGGUGCUCAUUUAAAUAUCUGAACAUUUACUACAGUUUUUAACUGUAUUGUGUAACAUAAAAGAUCUUGCAGAAGU